ACUACCAGCACUAGCAUGUCUGAAAGGAGGACAGCUGGCUCAUCUGGUUUGGCUGCAGAGCGAAACAAAGGGAUGGAGACUUUAAGGUUGAAGCGUGAGGUUGGACUGAUUAGUGCUGUGUCAUUGAUUGCAGGCACCAUGAUUGGCUCUGGGAUCUUUAUGUCUCCAGAGUGGGUGCUGUACCAUAUGGGUAGCCCUGCCGGCAGUCUCAUCAUCUGGGCUGCUUGUGGUCUGCUGGUGAUGUUUGCAGCACUGUCUUAUGCUGAGCUUGGGACCAUAAUUAAAGAGUCCGGAGGAGAAUACAUUUACAUUUUGAGGAAUUUUGGUUCUUUUCCUGCUUUCCUUUUUGCGUACACCUCUGUCAUUAUGGUGAGGCCUGCUAGUGUGGCAGGUGUCUCUCUAAGCUUUGCUGAAUAUGCUGUUGCUCCAUUUUAUCCAGGAUGCUCCCCACCUCAGGUACUGGUCAAAUGUACUGCUGCUACCUGUAUCCUGCUGUUGACCGUUAUCAACUGUCUCAAUGUGAAGUUGGCUACCUCUGUUAUGAAUGUAUUUACAGCUGCCAAACUCCUGGUUUUACUGGUCAUUGCAGUGGGCGGAAUAGUGUUGCUCAUCAAUGGACAAACUCAAAGUUUCCAGAAUGCCUUUCAAAACACAACAGCAGGUAUUGGGCCGGUUGGAGUGGCAUUUUAUCAGGGACUCUGGUCUUAUGAUGGAUGGAACAACCUGAAUUAUGUGACUGAAGAGCUUAAGAAGCCUGAAGUGACCCUUCCCAGAGCUGUGAUGAUUGCCAUUCCUUUGGUAACAUGCCUGUAUUUGCUGGUAAAUGUGAGCUACUUUGCAGCCAUGACACCAGCUGAACUUCUUUCUUCAGGUGCUGUGGCCGUCACCUGGGGGAACAAAGUCCUGGGCAGCUGGGCCUGGCUGAUCUCCUUGGCAGUUGCCAUGUCUACAUUUGGGUCUGCAAACGGCACGUUCUUCAGCGGAGGCCGCAUGUGCUACAUUGCUGCCAGAGAAGGUCACAUGCCAGAUAUUCUGUCUAUGGCUCAUGUGCGAUGCUUCACGCCUUCCCCUGCCCUGAUAUUUACAUCAGCAAUGUCUUUACUGAUGAUAAUACCAGGAAACUUCAGCAGCAUUGUCAACUUUUUCAGUUUUGUAGCUUGGAUUUUCUAUGGCACAACUAUUGCUGGUCUCCUGUAUUUAAAGAUCAAGAAACCGGAACUGCCAAGAGCUUAUAAGGUUCCAAUUUUUAUGCCGAUAAUUAUGCUGAUUGCAUCUGUGUACCUGGUGCUUGCACCCAUCAUCGACCAGCCCCAGAUGGAGUUCUUCUAUGUCAUCCUGUUCAUUCUCAGUGGGGUCAUUGUCUAUUUCCCUUUGGUUCAUUUUAAAUGUCACCCCCGGUUCUUACCAGGGGUCACUUUGCAUCUCCAGCUGCUCCUGGAAGUUGCUCCCGCUGCUAAGAAUGUGAACUGAUUCAACAUUAACCCUAUGGCACUGCUGGCUGCUCCCACUUAGUAGAUUUUGCAAGACAGGUGUAAAACAGCUUGUUUGUAGGGAAGUUGUUCCCAAAAUAGGGGUUGUGACCCCAAACAGGGCUGCGGCACUUACAGACCAGGGUUGUGAAUCUGACAGAAAUUCAAUUGUGCAGGUUAGGCUUGGACUGGGAGUGAGGUCACAAACAGACUGGAAACUGCUGCUGCAGGAGAAAAGGGUGAAAAUGGCACCAAAACGUCAACAAGAAAGGGGCAGGAGGGGCCAGCUGAAGAUUUCUUAUGCAUUUCCUUGGGAUCUCUUUAAAUAGCGGGAGGAUGCCUGAUGACCUCCACACCUGUGCUUCUCCCACUACAAUUCCUGAGGCAGCAGACUACAGACUGUACCAGGAGGGAUCGACUCUUUCAUGAGAAACAACUAUUCCCCAGAGAAGUUGGUGGUUUUAUUUCAUAAUGGCAUCCAACCUCGUGACUGGCAGUGUGCCGUUAUUUCUGUAGCAGGAUGCAACCUCCAUCGGUUUCCCAUAGUAGGCCCUUUAAGUUAUUUCCACCACGAACCCCCAUCACAUAAAUGCAACCUGCAGGGAAAAAAGAAACUUUCAUGACAAAAUCAACCAUUUUCUGCCCCAGGGCAUGGGAAUCCAGAGACUCUUCUGGAUUAAGUCUGGUUCAGGGAUUUCAUUUUCACUGCUCCUUAUCUAAGUCUCAACAGAGCAGAGUGCAGGAAUCACUUUCUAUACAGACACAUAUGGCAAUUGUAAUUGUCACUAAACCCUAACAUCAAAAGCAUUUGCUGCAGUUGUCAGGUGUUGCCUUGUUGUCUUCCCUGUUCUUCAACCUGCGUGGUAUAUGGAGAGGAUCUCAGACCAGAUGGUCUUGUGGUUAAAGUCCUGGCAGGCCUCAAAUCUUCCCUCUUCCCGGCUCUGCUCCAGAUUCCCCAGGUGGCUCGGUGGAAGUCUGUUGGUCUAUCUGUCCCUGAGUUCCCUCUCUCUAAACAUGGGGACAACGUUGCCUUUCUGAUGGUCUGUUAAGACUGGCAAUUGUUUGGAGAAGGGGCUGCUUCUCCUUCUGCAUGUGUGCAGUGCCUUGCAUGCUGGGAUUGGGAGCCCUACCUGUUUAUUUGACACUCCUAAGCGAAAGUACAAAUGGCAUCAGUACGAGGUAGGGAAUUCUUAUCACUCAUUUGUGGUGGGGAACCACUGCCAGGCUGCAUGUUACGGCCAGCUGAACAUCAUAUAGGAAAUCUGUGGUUUAUUCGGACAGCAUGCUGCCGUCUUCUGAGUCCUGCUCUAGCCUUGCAUUCAAUAACAAGCCAUGAUUUCUCCCUGUAAGCUGCUUUAAUACAAAUGGUAAAUGGGCUUGGCAAUAAUGAUGAAUAAGGCUGAUGCAUCAGCACUGUUUAGAUAACUAGCCUCUACCUUGUUUUAGUUUGUGUGGGAAUGCCAGGGGUGUGGAAAAACCAUAAGCGUCAUUCCUUUGGUCUGACUCUUCUCAGCAGCAGUCUGUAUGCAGCAUUACUAUUGUGUUAGCAUUUUUAUUUAUGCUGUCUGGGGUUUACAAGUACACUAAAAUGUAAAUUGCUAAUGAUGUUUACACAGCCAAAAAUAAAUUGCUUCGUGCUUAUAGCAUUGUAAGAUAAUUACAUUAAAAACAGGACAUUAAAAUGGA